UCCCGGAAGUGGGCGGGGCCGCGCCGUGGGAGCUGCACCCGGGGCCACCCUCGCCCCGACCCCGGGCGUCUGGACGUCAGUCUCCCCGUUUCUCCUGGAGGCCGAGCUCGGCUUGAGGGUCCCUCGACUUGGGUCUGGGGUUUCUCGCCUCUACCAGCGUUUGUGUUUGUCGUGUUUCCUCGUCCCCCCGCCCCGGAGGUCCUCACCCAGGGCCCCCGCGGCCGGAGCGCCCCUCGGCCUUAACACAGGGGCCGCCGCCGGGGCUGGUGGACUGCGCGCGGUGUCCCCCUCAAGAGCCCCUUGCACCCUGAUGCUGACUGUGGAGCAGGCGUGGCCUGUCCACGCUGGUCACAGCCUCGGGGCACCCCGAGUGUGGCCGUGUGCACGGAUGUCGGGAGGGAGGCCUGGUUUGCUCCCUGGUGAUUGUGCUCGGGGUCACCCUGGAGCCUGUGUCCCCGCCUCAGGGCUUCAGUUGUUAAAGGUCACACCGCAAUGGAGGUCGAUUGUGGGGUUCGAUGUGGCAGGCCAGGCUUCCUCAUUCAUCGUGGGGAAGGGGUGCCAGCCGAGCUGUGGUGUCAGACCCAGGGGAGGAAACGGGCAGAGUCCUGACAGGUAGCUUUCCCGUGGGGCUGGGCGGGGCGGGAGGGUGACUGCAGGCGACAGAUGGUGCUGUGGGGCUGGAGCUCGCCGGCUGGCCUUUGAGCAGGGACCAAAGGAAGUGAGGGUGAUGCCGACCGGCUGGGAGGAGCCGAGUGCGCCUGGCAGGGGAAGUGGGGCUUGCGACCUCAGCACAGUGACUUGUCAUCACGGGGACUGUCACGUGCACUGCAGGGUGGCUAGCAGCGUCCCUUCCCUCCGCUCACUAGAUGCGAGCAGCACUGCCCCAGGUGUGACAACCAAAACGUCUGCCGAAUGUGGCUGACUGUCGCCCCACCUGGUUGCCAGUCGCGGUGCUGGAGAACGAGCCAGGCCCGGUGGGGGCACCGGGCCUCGGGGGCCAGGACGGGUGAUGCCACAGCGAGGGAGCCACGCGCAGGGCUCCCAGGUCUGGCGGGCGGCCGUGGGGAUUCCGGCUGGCGAGAGACGUGUGCCAUCACAGCUUCCGAUGGCAGGCCCGUUCUCUCCCCAGGGGCACACUGUCUGCGCUACCUCUUCAUGGGUGCCUCGAACCCUGACCUCGGGCUGCCCCUGUUCAAGGCCCUGGGCUACGUGGACGACCAGCUGUUUGUGUCCUAUGAUCACGAGAGUCGCCAGGCUGAGCCCCGUGCUGCCUGGGUCAGGGACAGGGUUUCCAGCCAGCUGUGGCUCCAGCUGAGCCAGAGUCUGAAAGGCUGGGACCACAUGUUCAUCGUUGACUUCUGGACCAUCAUGGACAACUGCAACCAGAGCAGGGUCACGAAUCUGGAGGUGGUGCCGGAGCCCCACAUCCUGCAGGUCGUCCUGGGCUGCGAGGUGCGCGAGGGCAACGGCACCAGGGGCUUCUGGGAGUACGGCCUCGACGGGGAGGACCAUCUCACGUUCCGCCCGGAGACGCUGGACUGGAGAGCAGCGGAGCCCAGGGCCCAGGCCACCAAGCUGGAGUGGGAAGAGAUCAGGAUCCGGGCCAAGCAGAACAGGGCCUACCUGCAGCGGGACUGCCCCGAGCAGCUGCAACAGCUGCUGGAGCUGGGGACAGGGGUCCUGGACCAGCGAGCGCCUCCUCUGGUGAAGGUGACGCGUCACGUGGCCCCCACAGUGACCACUCUGUGGUGUCGAGCUCAGAGCUUCUACCCCCAGAACAUCAGCAUGAGGUGGCUGAAGGACAGGCAGCCAGUGGCUGCCAAGGACGUGGGGCCCGAGGACGUGCUGCCCAGUGGGGACGGGACCUACCAGGCCUGGGUGGCCGUGGCCACGCUUCCUGGGGAGGAGUGGAAGUACACCUGCCACGUGGAGCACCCCGGCCUGGCACAGCCCCUCGCUGCCGCAUGGGAGCCCUCGCUGCCUGGCACGCUGGUCGUCGGCAUCAUCAGUGGGAUCGGCAUUUGUGUCAUCAUCUUUGCUGCCAUCUGGUUCAGAAUCCUAAGGAAGAAACAGGCUUCCCGAGCCGCCGCGGCGGACUAUGUCUUAGCCGACCGCGAAUGAGACGCCGCCUGCAGACCAGUGAGGGCCCCGCAACCCGAGACUCGGGGAGGGCGCCCUCUGUGGCAGCCACCGUCUUGUUUCCGGACAGACUGGGGCCUGGCAAAGCCGGGUGCCCCCUCCUCGGCUUCCUCCCACGGAGUCCCUGGUCCUGCGUGCCAGCACCCUCGCGGUGACCUCCUGGGACUGGCCCUGCGCGCCCCGCUGCGUCCGGAGCCCGCCUUCGUUCAGCUGUCCGCUGGACCCCACGGCACAUCGCCUCACCUCCUUCCGUGUAGGGCCUCGUCAUUCUUGUUAGCGUGUGACAAAGGCCUGACUGAACCUUCUCCCGGUGACAAUACCGUUGUUUGCCUGCCACGAUCUGCCCCCCCCCACUCGCCGGCGUUUCCAGGCCCCUAGUUCCCUGCCAGUCCCCUCUCUCUGUCACCCACUAAUCCGACCGUCACCAAGCCCGGUGGCCUCUUCCACCAGAGGGACCUGGCGGCUGUGCCUACUGCGGCAGGCGAAGAGGCGCCUUCUCCGGAAGAGGCAUCGUGGGCGUCUGUGUGUUAUGACCAUUCCCCAGACGGGGUGGGAGUGUCUGGAGGACGGUGGCCUUGCUGUCACGCGCGCGAAGUUGGCACACAGGCUUGCCCAGGGCGGCGAGGCCACGCUCGCACCACCUGCCCGCACGCCCGGCUGCAAGUGCCGGCGGCUCUCCGCUUGGCCUCUGCUGACCCCCUGUCCUUGUCUGAUCGUGAAGAUGAUCCCAAGGUCGA